CGAAGCAAUACGCUUUUACAUAUCGCAGAAGUGUUAGUGUGUGAUAGAAUAAGAAUAGAAUAUUGCCGAUGCAAGCGCAGAGUCCAUCAAAGGAUAGCAAAUAAAUACAAAGUGAAUUCGCAAAGUUGAUAAUGUUGAAAAGUGUAUGAAUUUGUAUUUAAAAACAUAUAUUUGUGUGAAUAACAUCCACCCAUAAGAACAAAUACAUUUCGUAGUCGGAAGGACAUUCUUGCUUGUGAAGUGCGGAAGGUACUACGUUAAUGAAAUAUAAAAAUAAUCGCGGCACAAUACUACAGUUACAGUUUAGAACUUUUCUUAUACGACAAAUUUUCAAGUCCUGCGGUGUAUGAAAACUUUAUAAAGGUUGUUAACUAAUUGUAAAGUCAUUAACACCCAACAACGGAGAUGUAAAUAACUCGCCCCCGCCAAUGAGCGAAAUUUAUUGAAAAC